AUGAUACCGCUAUCACCUGUUCUCAAUUCAACUUCCACUUCCAUAUCAUUCUCCCCCGGGCCAUCACCUCGACCUUCUAUAUCUUCUCUUAGUGGACCACCUCUCACGCCGAUAUACGAGAUGGACAAGAUCACUUCCGACUUGAUAGUCAGUACGACCGAAGAAGUAGAGGAUGGGAAUGGAGUGGUCAUAGCUAAUGACGAUAGAACGAAAAAUGUGAAAAAUGCUCGUGCGAAUCUACCCACUUUGACAGUUCCCCCACCAUCAUUCAGCAACUAUUCCUUCGGCGGCUCAUCACCCUCUGCAUCAUCUUCUGAAUCAUCCGUAGGACGCACGCCCAGUCCACUCUCAUCUGUAGAGGACGUAGCGUUACCUUCAGAAGGAUUCAAAUUCGGUACAUGCCCCUCCACGUCCUUCAUGGGUACUCCCACAGCCGAGCAAGGUCCGUUCGAAUACCCCUCAUCAUCUUCAUCUACCAUGUCUGUCAGUCCGCCCGCUGGUUCACCGACAUUAGCGAGAAGAGGUAGUCUAGCACUAGGAAUGACUCAUCGUAGAGGAUCAAUCAUUCCCCCUCACUCCAACAACACUUCCAACUCAAUUGCACUGUCACCUCCACCUACCCGUCGAAGCUCCACCUGCUCCACCAUAACAACCCUUCCCGCAGCAGGUCGACGUCCUUCCAUCGUCCAUUCAGCUACUGUCGAGGUGGCUUUGCCUCAGACAUCCGGAUCCACAGACGAAUCAUACCAACCAACAACUUCAGCGAGUUCAUCUCGUCGCCCUUCCGUUCUCAUGUUCCCUUCCAAACCCCUUCCCGCACCUAUACCUCCCUCUCUCCUAGCCAGACGGGGCUCCUUGCCCGUAGACAAAUUAUUCGGUAUACCUCUAUCUUCCGAGCAGUCAAACAACGGUAGGAUCAGGGCGAGCUAUUCAUCCGGUUCAGCCACCAUAUCGACCGCAUCGCUAUACCUUCGUAGGCAGAGUGUGGUCUCUGAGAGUGGAUUUUCCAACGGGUCAGGAACAACAGUGAUGAAUGACGAAGGGAAUGGAUAUCCAAAUGGUAUUAGAAGACCAUCAAUGAGGACUCGGACACCCUCUGCAGACUUCACACCUCAAACUGCCUCCUCAGCUAGAAGAGGAUCAGUAUCGUUCUUCCCUCCUCCCCAACCAUCUCAGCUCAAUAGCAAUUCGCCCGUCCGAUCAUCUUCCCUAUCUAGUCGAUCUAGCGUAUCCUCCCAGAGAAGUUCCAUAUCAUCGUCACGAAUACCCAUAAACUUCUCACCCCGACAUCCCAAUUACGCCUACCUCUCUUCUCGACAGAGUUCCACAACCAGUCUAACGCCUAGUACCCAUUCUUCCUCUUCGACUUCCGCUUCCGUACCCUGCUCACCUGUCGUGGGCUACAACUUAAGGAGGAAUCGGACCUCUACGGUGAAUAGCAAUCCCGGACUGAGCAGUUCAGGGGAAGAGGACGAACAUGAAGACGAUAAUCAACUUUUACCUACGCCCAAUCCAAGUAAAUUCAGCAAUACCACUCCACAGGCAGGUAUACCGACUUUUGUGGAUCCUUGGUCAUCGUCAUCUUCCCUAGAUAGUAAAUUGAGUGAUAUGAGCAUAGAAGAGAAAUCGCCUAGUAGUGGUGGUAGUAGUAGCAUGGUACCAUUGGAGACUCCUCCGCUGGAGACCGUAGUGGAAAGGCCACCUUUGGAAAGUGUGGAUAGCGGAGCGACCGAAAGACCUUAG